AAUAGAAUAAAAUAAAACGACAACAACAAAUGCCAUCAGAACUGGACUACGAUCUUUAAAUUUUAAAAAAAUAUAUUUUCUCUGGGGGAAAUCGGGUUUAAUUUCAAACUAAGAAAAAAACUGAAAGGUUUAUUUUAUCGGACAGAUUAGGUGGAUUGGUACCGAGGAGACUCUGGGUUAUCUAAGAGAGUUGACAACUAUGAUAAACUUUAUACAGUAUUCGUGGAUUGAAUUUAAGCGACUUAUAAGAAUAUAAUACAGUGAAUAAACCAAGAGUACCUGAGCUUACAGGAAUGAGGAUACCGGUUUGCUGAUAGAUAUAUUUUGAAAUGUUCUUCCUCUAACUCUUUUGUCGGCUUUUUGGUCCCUCUUUUUUCAAUUAUGUGAUUGGCGCUUUCCUUUGGAACUUGGCACGAAUUGGAAUAACUGUUCCGUCACCAUCCAAUACCGAGCUCAGAAAGAUGGAAAGGGCAUAUAUUAAAGGAACUUAGGGCGCUUUCCAUUUGUCAGAACUGGCCGGCUGGAUCUUUGCCUGACCAGUCAUUUUGAAAAUGAAAUAGGAUUUUUCCAAGAGUUUUGCCGAAAAAUGUUCUCUUUCGAGCAUACUCAGUUUCGGAUUUGACUGAUCUAGCUGAAGAGUUUGAUUAAAAGGGAAAUUAUCAUUGCGACAGGAAUGGUCUGGCUGGUCAGUUCUGAGCUAAAAUAAAGUCUGUUUCGCUUUCAAUGGCUAGAAAGAGACCAUGUCGAUCUAUGCCCAGUUACGUCCUAAAUAGUUUGAUAGCGACAAUUUAACAAUCUCAGUUGAUCUCUGCUUAUCCCUUCUAUCAAACGAAAACAGAGUACCUACUGAUGACUCGAAGGAGCACGAACCCUCCAUAACUUCAUCGAAGAAGAGCGCACACAAUCAGUGUUUAUGCUGAGAUCUUUUUCUUUUUCAAGUGGGAAUGAACGGUUGAAUCAAAUUAAACUAAAUUUAAUUCGAUAAUGUUAAUCAAAUGCCUAAAAUGUCAAAAUAUUAAAGAUAAUUCUCAGGUAAAAUAAUGUCAACUGGAGUAUUUUUGAAGAAGGAGGAAUAUAAAAGAUGAAGCUUCUUCAGUGUACUGGGAAAAACGGGUGAAAGUCGGUGAAGCUCGUCACGUGUAUAUUACCGGAAGUAGACCCUUGGCACACUCCUAUAAGCAAAUGAGAUUAGUUGAAGUGAACGGAUCCACGAGCAAGCAACUUUGCUUUGUUGACAGUUAAACUACCGAGCUUUAUUUUAUAGACGGCUUUUUUAAGGUCCAGGGUUCUCAAAAUUUUUAACAAACAUGAGAUGUUAACUUGAAAACAUUCAGGGAGAAAACAGAGGGAUGAAGAAAUUACCAGAAAGCUGUCACGCACCUCCAAGGCACACAUUCCAGCGGACUUCAUGACUACGGUAACAUAGGUGAUAAGACGGCAAAAUGAAACAACUUGGAGCUUAAAGUACAACAGAUACAGGUUAAGGUGAGCUUUUUAAAAAAAUUGUUCUACAUAUCAAGGCUACCAGCGUUCUAAACGGAAACCUAAAGUCAAAUUGUUGGUGAUCGUCGUGUGACUCACGUGUUGGAUGCCGUUAUUUUAUGUUGUCUGUAACACGAAUUUGAAAUAAUUUCUGAGAAGCUCAAAAUGAUUUCCCCAAAAUAAUUUUAACAUAACACAAUAGUUUGAUGCUUGUAGAGUUUUCCCUUUCAAUCUUGAAAAAUUCUGAUCAAAGGCACAUGACGAAAAUCGUCGCUUUUUUCAACUACCUUCCGUGGUUGAACAUCAGGUAGACAUACGCUUUAGCUUUUUUAUAAUUACUCAGAGUGUUGUAAUGCUAAAAAUAUUAUAUAUUUUGGUCAACGACGAGUUGUACUUACAAGUUUAGCAACAAGCUUUUUUUCUAGCGCGGUGGUUUUGAAAUGCAAGUCGAGCGAAUCAUAGUGAAUUUCAACCCUGUUUUCGGCUUGCGAAAUCGACGGCGGGGCUUGAAACGGUUUUCUUGUUUUUCUCGGAAACGAACAGAUCUUUCGAAGAAAAAACUACCUGGCGUUUGUACACUUACUAAAGUCUAUCAGUAUGCAAAAGAAGAGCGAUUUUUAUUUUUUGAGCCUUGCCGCACUUCGGUCGAUAUUUGCAUGGAGUUGCUCAUAAAAUCUCACGAAGUCUUACGAAAUCUUUCCCAGCCAAAGCCAGGCCGGCCAAGACCAAGGCUUCCGUAUAGUCUGCCCGGCCAAAUAUUAUUUUUAGAGCUUUCCGCUGAAACUUAAAAAAUCUUACUCAGAUUCUUAAAAGAAUCUUACGACAUUAUACCCAGAAUUGUACAAAAUCUUUCGAAAUCUUAACCAGAACCUUAUACAGUCUUACAAAAUCUUACUGUUAUGAUAUCUUACCUAUAUGGUGUAAAAAUCCAAAGAAAUCUAACCGAGAAUCCUGUAAAUUCUUCUGAGUUCUCACCCAGAAUCGUGUAAAGUCUUGUGGAAUCUUUCUCGAAACACAUUAAGUCUUUGGAAGAAACAGAAGUAAAAUCUUACGAAAUCUUACGUGGAAUCUUACGCAGACUUUAACAAAAACCUAUGAUACUGUCCAGGAAAUAACAAGCUGCGAAAUGCAGAAUCUUCCAAUAUUGCGUUAAUACUACUUGUUGUUUUGUCGGAAUACUACGCAGUCUCGUGUUCACUCUUGCAGGAUAUGGUUGUGCCAGCCAUGUAGUGGACAUGUCUUUAAUAAAAAUGGCGAAAACCACUUUUACUCUCAAUUCCGUCAGCUUAUUUGUUAACCAGACGCUCUCUGUUUUGUAAAAUUUAAAGAGGUGCUCUCUCUGUUAUUUUCAGUACCGUCGAAUUGGCAUGUUAGCAGCAGGAACUGGAAUUGCCCCAAUGCUUCAAGUGAUUCAAGGAAUUGUGGACAAUGAGGAGGAUGAAACGUUUAUCCACUUGGUCUACUCGAGUCGAACAUACGAAGAUAUUCUAAUGAAGGAAGACCUUGAUAACAUGACGGCUUACUGGAACUUUUCAGUGCUGUACGUAAUAAGCAAGGUGUGUUGUAUGCUUUAUUUCUGAUGUAUUGAUAAGGAGUAACUCAUGGCAAUCGUGUUGGUAACGAACUGAUACCAUCUUUUGAAAGAAUAUUUUAAAGUAUUAUGUUUUGCGGCGUAGGCUUAACAGAUUCUCCGAAAAUCUGUCUGAUGUGUUUAGUGCAUCAAGCUAUUUUAGGGUUAGGAGAAAUUGACUGGCUAUAAUGUAUAUAUCUUUGUUUAAUGCGAUGGAUGUAGUUUUGACACUGUGCAGUUCUAAAAUAACCACAUAACAGUAAAGAAAGCCCACGACACGAAUGAGAAUUGUGAAUGAUGGAGGUAUAUAAUUCCGCUUGCUUCUAUGACAGCGCAUUUGUGGUGACGGAAAGGUGCUAAGGACAUUUUUGGGUUUUGAAGUUUAUCGAUUUUAGGAUUUUUAACGGGUAUAUAGUGUUAGGAAAGGCUAGAUUUGCUGUAAAACACUGUCUUGAAGUUUUGUAACGAACAUGUAGUUCUAGUACAUUCGUUGUUUGAAAAAGCUUUUGUUUGUUUGUUCAUGUUUUUUUUCUUUGGAAGGAGGGGUGGAGGCUAGUAGUUAAUUUGGGAUCAGGACUUUUCUGGUUUUCGCUCCCUGGCUAUUAUGCACGACCCGUUCGCUCCUCCCCGUCAUCACCAAUCCGGAAAACUGCUCCCACGGAGGGUCUUUAGAUGUCAAACGUAUGUCGUAACUAUCUUGUUGCAUUUACCCUGUAAGUUAGACGUUAUGAGUUAAAAUCAUUUCUUAGACCAGAAACAGAAACAAAGGGCAUGCGAUUGGUUUGUGUACAUUUGAUGUUAGGAACGCACUUUGAUCUCAUCUGCACUUCUUUUCAGGGAAGUGAUUCUGACCAAUCAAAAGUAAAGUAUGGUGAUCACGUGUCAUACGGCAGAAUCAACCAAGAACUCGUAUCACGGGAGAUGCCUGGACCGUCAAGUGAUGUUCAGGUGCUGAUCUGUGGAACCAAAUCAUUUGACAAGGACAUGAUAAAGUACCUCAAAGUCUUUGGUUACACCUCCGAUAUGUAUUUUAAAUUUUAG